AUGGUCCUGAGAAUCAAUCCCGAACACGUGACAGCUUGGUCAUUUCAAAGACACUGUCUGCUUACUCUUUGCUCUGAAGUAGACUCCAAUCGAGCCAGCCAGUGCUAUGAAAGCGCGCUUCAGGAUGAACUACCUCUGACGCUGGCAUCUUUUCAGCGCAAUCCGAAGGCCUGUCCAAUCUGGGAGCACCAGAAGUGGGUUCUGGGCCAGAUGAAUGAGGCGGACUGGCAGGCUGAAAUAGCCCUACUUGAGAAGCUGUUCAAGCUUAACGGACGAAACUCUCAUGCCUGGGAUUAUCGGCGCUAUGUGAUAUCCAUAAUCAAACAGAGUCAGCCGUUGGAGACCCUUGAUGCCGACGUACUGGUGUUCAGCAGACAGCAGAUUGAGGCCAACUUUUCAAACUUUUCUGCCUGGCACUAUCGCUCUAAACUCUUACAAUCCCGACUGAAUCAAUAUAAUCAUACCGAUGAUAAUGAUGACAGUCAGGAUCGGAAGGAGAAAGAAGAGAUCUUGGCUACCGAGUUAGAAUGGGUUUGUGAGGCGCCUUGGAUUGACCCCAAUGACCAGAGCGCAUGGCUGUUCCAUCGCUGGCUGCUGAGUCAAACGCGAGACAAGCAGAUCCAGGCGGCCGAGUACGCUUUGAUCGUUGAGCUGCUCGAAGUCGAACCCAAUGCUAAAUGGGCCAUCGCCGCUCUCAUCCGGGCUCGACCCGUAGAGUAUGCCCAUCUACUCGACCGUCUCAUCGCGCUCGACCCCCUCCGCAGACAAAGGUAUCUCGACCUUGCCAAUCCCACCGCCGAGCUGGAUUGA